CGCCUGGGUACGCAGGGAGCCGGGCAAACAUGGUCGCUGCUCACGCUUCUCAUUCGUCCUCCUCCAGCGAGUGGAUCGCUUGCCUGGAUAAAAGAUCUCCCUUCCAUCAUCCAUGUAGGAUGAGAAAAGGAGACCCCCAUUCUGCUACCCCAUUCACCAGGCUGAAGAAAGAAAAGAUCCUCACCACCCUAACCAGGCAGAUGAAGGACACUUGGCUUGUAGAGGCUUGUAUAAAUACAAGUUUUCUCUGCAGUCUCUUUAAAGAGCACAUCAAUGAACUACCAUUGGAACGUUCCAGUGAAGAUGUAGAUAUUAUAUUCACCCGACUGAAAGAAGUGAAAGCUUUUGAGAAAUUUCAUCCAAACCUUCUCCAGCAGAUAUGUCUCUGUGGAUACUAUGAAAAUCUGGAAAAGGGAAUCACAUUAUUUCGUCAGGGUGAUAUCGGAACAAAUUGGUAUGCUGUUUUGGCAGGAUCACUGGAUGUUAAAGUUUCUGAUACGAGCAACUACCAGGAUGCUGUGACAAUAUGUACUCUGGGAAUAGGAACUGCUUUUGGAGAGUCAAUUCUGGAUAACACCCCUCGCCAUGCUACUAUUGUUACCAGGGAAUACAGUGAGCUCCUUCGAAUUGAGCAGAAGGAUUUCAAAGCACUUUGGGAGAAAUAUCGACAGUACAUGUCAGGACUUCUGGCUCCUCCUUAUGGUGUUAUGGAAAGUGGCUCUAACAAUGACAGGAUGCCUGACAAGGAGAAUAUGUCUAAUAAUGCUCUUGGCCCAGUAUCUAAAAACUGUAAUAAGACACCUCUCAUUGAACCUCACAUCCCACUUCGUCCUGCUAAAACUAUUACACAGGUGCCAUCAGAAAAGAUCCUCAGAGCUGGAAAGAUUUUACGCAAUGCAAUUCUUUCCCGAGCACCUCAUAUGAUAAGAGAUCGUAAAUAUCAUCUGAAGACUUACAGGCAAUGUUGUGUAGGAACAGAACUGGUAGACUGGAUGAUGCAACAAAGUCCUUGUGUUCAUUCGCGAACACAGGCUGUCGGCAUGUGGCAAGUAUUGCUGGAGGAAGGUGUUCUUAAUCAUGUGGAUCAAGAACACCAUUUCCAAGACAAAUACUUGUUUUAUCGAUUUUUGGAUGAUGAGCCUGAAGAUGCCCCAAUGCCAACUGAGGAAGAGAAGAAGGAAUGUGAUGAGGAGCUGCAGGAUACUAUGCUUCUGCUAUCUCAGAUUGGUCCAGAUGCCCAUAUGAGGAUGAUUCUCAGAAAACCACCUGGCCAGAGAACUGUAGAUGAUCUAGAAAUUAUAUAUGAAGAACUUCUUCACAUUAAGGCCUUAUCUCAUCUUUCUACCACAGUAAAACGAGAAUUAGCAGGUGUUCUAAUCUUUGAGUCGCAUCCCAAAGGAGGAACUGUUUUAUUCAAUCAGGGAGAAGAAGGUACUUCCUGGUACAUUAUCCUAAAGGGAUCGGUAAAUGUAGUCAUUUAUGGCAAGGGUGUGGUAUGUACCCUACACGAAGGAGAUGAUUUUGGCAAGUUAGCGCUAGUGAAUGAUGCUCCAAGAGCAGCAUCCAUUGUUUUACGAGAAGAUAACUGCCACUUCUUGAGAGUAGACAAGGAGGACUUUAAUAGAAUACUGAGGGAUGUUGAAGCAAAUACAGUAAGACUCAAAGAACAUGACCAAGAUGUCUUGGUACUGGAGAAAAUCCUAGCAGGAAACAGAGCUUCUAAUCAAGGAAACGCACAACCUCAGCACAAGUAUACUGUGAUGUCAGGAACUCCAGAGAAAAUUUUAGAGCACUUUCUAGAAACUAUGCGCCUUGAAUCAACUUUAAAUGAAGCGACAGAUUCUGUUUUAAAUGAUUUUGUUAUGAUGCACUGUGUUUUUAUGCCAAAUAGUCAGCUUUGUCCAGCCUUGAUGGCACAUUACCAUGCCCAGCCUUCCCAAGGUUCAGAGCAGGAGAAAAUGGAUUAUGCACUUAAUAAUAAAAGGCGAGUCAUCCGACUGGUUCUACAGUGGGCUGCUUUGUAUGGAGAUCUACUACAAGAGGAUGAAGCAGCAAUGGCCUUUCUGGAGGAAUUUUAUGUAUCUGUAUCAGAUGAUGCAAGAAUUAUUACAGCACUAAAAGAGCAACUCUCAGAGCUAGAAAAGACUGUAAAACAAAUUUCAGAAGAAACUAAGGCGCCACAAAAGAAGCACAAAGUACUUUUGCAGCAGUUUAACACAACUGAUGACAGAGCUCAAAAACGCCAGCCAAUCAGGGGGAGUGAUGAAAUUCUGUUUAAGGUAUACUGUAUAGAUCACACCUACACUACUAUCCGCGUGCCGGUGGUGGCCUCUGUUAAGGAAGUGAUCAGCGCGGUAGCAGAUAAACUGGGUUCUGGAGAAGGCUUGAUCAUAGUAAAGAUGAGUUCAGGAGGAGAAAAGGUUGUGCUCAAACCUAACGAAGUUUCAGCAUUUACGACUCUCAGUGUUAAUGGACGUCUGUUCGCUUGCCCACGAGACCAAUUUGAUUCCCUGACACCCCUGCCAGAACAAGAAGGCCCAUCGACUGGAACUGUGGGAACUUUUGAACUCAUGAGCUCCAAAGACUUAGCAUACCAGAUGACAAUUUAUGAUUGGGAGCUCUUCAACUGUGUGCAUGAGCUGGAGCUGAUUUACCACACAUUUGGAAGGCACAAUUUUAAAAAGACCACAGCAAAUUUGGACCUUUUUUUGAGAAGAUUUAAUGAAAUCCAGUUCUGGGUGGUCACAGAGAUUUGUCUGUGCUCCCAACUCAGCAAGCGUGUUCAGCUGUUAAAGAAAUUCAUUAAGAUAGCAGCCCACUGUAAGGAAUACAAAAAUCUUAAUUCCUUUUUCGCUAUUAUCAUGGGACUAAGUAAUGUUGCUGUGAGCCGCCUUUCACUAACAUGGGAGAAACUUCCAAGCAAGUUCAAGAAGAUCUAUGCAGAGUUUGAAAGCUUGAUGGAUCCAUCAAGAAACCAUAGGGCCUACAGGCUUACUGUAGCUAAACUGGACCCUCCUAUAAUUCCCUUCAUGCCCUUACUUAUAAAAGACAUGACGUUUACUCAUGAGGGGAACAAGACAUUCACUGACAAUCUAGUAAACUUUGAAAAAAUGCGUAUGAUCGCCAACACUGUAAGGACAGUGAAAUUUUGCCGAAGCCAAUCUUUCAAUCCUGACGCAGCUCUAACUAAUAAGAACCAUCAGGAUGUACGGAGCUACGUACGACAAUUAAAUGUGAUUGACAACCAGAGAACUUUAUCACAGAUGUCUCACCGACUAGAACCACGUCGAGCAUAAACAUUGAAAGUGACUA